AUGUCCACCAACCACCCUCCAACGGCAGACUACCAUGCAAGAGAUGAUGACAGUGACAAGGCCGAUUGGUACUAUAUGGGCGCACGAACGCUUGUUUAUCAACUCCUUCACUCACCUACAACUAAGCUGAAAACGCCAGCCCCGGUGGUGAUUCUGGUGACAAAAGAUGUUAGGCAAAGUAAGCGAAUACGGCUCCAAGCGGACGGGGCAAGUGUGAUCGAGAUCGAGGAAGUGGACCAUGCCUUCUCGAUCGGCGAACCUCGCUACGCUCAAGUGCUCACGAAACUACGGGUGUUUGAUUAUGAAGUUAUGCCCUACAAAAAGGUCUUCUUGAUGGAUACCGAUAUGGUUAUCACAAGGUCACUUGAUGCAAUUUUCGAUGACGACAGUACUCGUUUGAAUACGAUUGACCCUAAUGCAACUCGAACCGACACCGAAAGGGAAAUAUCCGCCCUUCCUCGGAAUUUUAUGUUUGCCGCUACGCCAGAAUCUGCCGAGAGAGACCACGAGUAUCCAUAUCUGGACCCCUAG